AUGGGAGCCGGCGGUGUCAUCCUACGCUUCUGCGGUCUCGCGAUUCGCGUGCUGCAAUUCCUCGACGCGGCCGUCAUCCUCGGCAUCUUCUCUUACUAUCUCGCCAUCCUCUCCAGACAUGAUCAGACCAUCGCCACCUGGUUGAAGGCUGUCGAAGGUCUUUCUGGUGCAGCCUGUCUAUACAGUCUUCUCGGUGCUAUCUUGGUCUGCUGCCUGGGCGGAGUAUCUUUCUUCGCCUUUAUCGCUGUGGUGCUCGAUGUCUGCUUCACGGGUGCCAUGAUCGCGAUCGCGGUCAUGACUCGCAAUGGCACUCAAAAGUGCACUGGCACCGUGAACACUCCCCUCGGUACUGGCAAUGCGAACGAGGAUUCAAAGGCCAAUUUGUCUUACGGCAUGGCCUGCAAGCUCGAGAAGGUUACCUUUGCUGUCUCCGUGAUCGGAAUCUUCUUCUUCUUGAUCUCCAUUAUUUUCCAGGUCCUCAUGGCCCGCCACCACAAGCGCGAGAAGCGCUUCGGCCCCUCCCCGGCCAACGGCUAUACCUACGGCACUGGUCGCAAAUGGUUCAGCCGUAAGAAGAACACUCCCGAGGCCAGCGGUGCUGCCGAUGCCCUGCCCGGUCACCCCACCCCCCUUGACGUCGAAACUGGUGCCGAGACCAAGAACGAGAAGAAUUGGUUCGGCUCGUGGGGUAAGAACAAGAAUGCGACCGACAACGGUAACCCCACAGCUGUGCAAAAUGGCUAUGGCUAUGGUAGCUCUGCUUACACUGGCAACUACUAA